AUGGGGGCAACCCCUUUCCAUCAUUCUAUCCUCGAGGUCUGGCUACCGAAGCACUUUGAUAAGCCAACAGAUAUGAGGUAUGAUGGGACCCAAGACCCGCAAGAGCAUCUAACGACCUUCAAGGCCAGGAUGAUUCUAGAAGGGGUAGGUGACGAGGUGAGGUGUCGCGCCUUCCCAGUCACCUUGGCAGGGCCUGCCAUUCGAUGGUUCAACAGCCUCCCACAAUGUUAUGUGGUCACAUUUUCAGACAUCACCCACGGCUUCCUGGCCCAGUUUACUACCCGCAUUGCAAAGGCAAAACACCCGAUCAACCUCCUCGGGGUGACACAACGAACCAGAGAGCCGACCAGGAAAUACCUAGACAGGUUCAACGACGAGUACUUGGAGAUCGACGGCCUAACUGACUCAGUGGCCAGUCUAUGUUUGACGAAUGGGUUGCUGAAUGAGGAUUUCAGGAAGCACCUUACCACCAAGCCCGUAUGGACGAUGCAGGAAAUCCAAAACGUGGCCAGGGAGUAUAUCAAUGAUGAAGAAGUCAGUAGGGUUGUGGCAGCCAACAAGCGGCAGCCCGCGUACAACCAACCUUGUCAGCACAGUAGCGGGGAAAGGCCGAAGGAGCACUCCAAGGAUGGAGUUCCGGUAAAGACCUCCAGGCCAUUCCCCCGGGUCGGUAGGUUUACCAAUUACACCCCCCUGGUAGCACCGAUUGUCGAGGUCUAUCAGCAGAUAGCCGAUAAGGGCAUUCUGUCGAAGCCCCAACCUCUAAAGGACAGGACCGGAGGGAACAAAAACCUCUAUUGUGAUUACCAUAAGAGCUUUGGUCACAAGACACAAGACUAUUUUGAUCUUAAAGACGCCCUGGAAUAG